AUGGACAACACCGCGAACGGAACAGAGAUGGCCACGGGGAUGACAACCGACGUCACUGGCGUCAACGUCACGACGGUGGUGAUGGUAUCUGGUGGGACGGAAAUGACAACAGAGCCGACGGAUACAGAAGCAUCUACGGCCGAAAUGGUUACCGAAAACGUUACAGACGCGACAGAGGUUUCGACUGAAAUGACGACAGCCACCGAAAGCGUUACAGACGCGACCGAGGGUACGACUGAAAUAACAGCCACCGAAAACGAUACAGACGCGACCGAGGGUACAACUGAAAUGACAACCAGCGAAAGCAUUACAGACGCGACCGAGGGUACGACCCAAAUGACAGCCAGCGAAAGCGUUACGGACGCGACCGAGGGUACGACCCAAAUGACAGCCAGCGAAAGCGUUACGGACGCGACCGAGGGUACGACCCAAAUGACAGCCAGCGAAAGCGUUACGGACGCGACCGACGGUACGACCCAAAUGACAGCCACCGAAAGCGUUACAGACGCGACCGAGGGUACGACCCAAAUGACAGCCAGUGAAAGCGUUACAGACGCGACAGAGGGCACAACUAACAUGACAGCUACCGAACGCGUUACAGACGCGACCGAGGGUACGACUGAAAUGACAGCCACCGAAAGCGUUACAGACGCGACAGAGGGUACAACUGAAAUGACAGCUACCGAAAGCGUUGAAGACGCGACCGAGGGUACAACGGAAAUGACAGCUACCGAAAACGUUACAGACGCUACAGAGUUUACCGAAAGAGCUACCGAAAGUGUCGCAGACACGACAGAGGUUACAACCGAAAUGGCUACCGAAAGUGUUACAGACGCGACCGAGGGUACGACCGAAAUGACAGCCACCGAAAGCGUUACAGACACGACCGAGGGUACGACUGAAAUGGCUACCGAAAGCGUUACAGACGCGACAGAGGGUACGACCGAAAUGACAGCCACCGAAAGCGUUGAAGACGCGACCGAGGGUACGACUGAAAUGACAGCCACUGAAAGCGUUACAGACGCGACCGAGGGUACGACUGAAAUGGCUGCCGAAAGCGUUGCAGACGCGACAGAGGGUACAACCGAAAUGACAGCCACCGAAAGCGUUAAAGACGCGACAGAGGUUACAACCGAAAUGGCUACCAAAAGCGUUACAGAUGCGACAGAGGGUGCAACUGAAAUGACAGCUACCGAAAGCGUUACAGAGGAUACCACCAAUUCAUCCGACACGAUCACAUACGUCACUGAGCCUGUAACAGAAUCCACGGAGUCGGUCUCCGAGACGGUCACUGAGGUGGUCACAAACACGCCAACCGUCACAGACGAGACCGAUGAGACCACCAACUCUACAGACACGAUCACGUACAUCACUGAAGUGUUCGUCGACUCAACAGAACAGCCUGUGACACAAACCGUUACGGAAGCAUCUACAGGCGAGGGUGUAACAGCGAACGAGGCGGCUACAGAGGGCGCCACGGAAGAAAUGGUGACUGCAACGUCAGUGGUGUUUACAGAAUCCACAGACGUCUCUUUCACAGAAGAGACUGGAGCAACCACGCCAGAGGCCACAGACGUUGUCACAGAAGUGACAGGCCUGACUACAACUCAGGAAGCAACGGAGGCGACAGACGUGGUCACAGAUGCAGUGACAGAUUCAACCGUAACAGAGACGACAGACGCGGUCACUGGUGCGACAGACGCGACAACAGAGCUACUAGAAACUACAGACACCAUCAGUGUUACGGAGACAGUUGGUCCCACAACCUCGGACACGGUUACUGAGAUGUUGACGGACGCUACACAAGCCGAUACAACAACAGCACCUACAGACGCUGAAGUUACAACAGUUGAAGUAACAACCGCUACCGGAACAGAUGCCAUGGGAUCAACGGACGUUAAGGUGAUUACAACAGAAGUGUUAGCGACAACAACCAUGGCUGAAGGAACCACGGAAACCGAAGAUAUAACAACCACCGCCGCUGUUGACGUGACAGAGGUCACUACCGAGAUUGCAGCACCAGAGACAACACCAGCGCUGACUACAGAUGAGACAGCAACGGUUCUGACAACUCAGGUCACGGCAGACGGAACAACCGCCAUUCCUACUUCUGCAGAAACGACACAGUUACAAACCACGGAAGAGGUGUCUGAACCAGCUACAUCAGCACCACAGACAACGGGUACAACAGCCGCUUCAACAACUGCUGUCACAACAGAGGUUGUAACAGCUGAUGAGACAACGUCGUUACAGCGUACUGAAACGGCGACCACUGCAGCUGUCACCCAGACAACGACUGCAGCAACCGUUCUUACAACCGAGACAACAGAGAGUGCAACAGCCGCAGAAACAACAACAUUACAGACUGAGGAAAAUGUAACAACCACCGCUACCAAUGCAUCCGAGGCAACCACCAUCAUUACAACAGCGGAGACAACAGAGGCGACAACAGCAGCCGCUACAACAUCGUUACAGACCACUGAAAAUGUUACAACCACCGCUACCAAUGCAUCCGAGGCAACAACCAUCAUUACAACUGCUGAAGCAACAGAGGCAGCAACAGUGGCUGUUACAACACAGAUGCAGAGUACUGAAAACGCAACGACCGCAGGAAGCACCGCACGUCAGACAACAACAGGAGGGACCACCGUCCUUACAACCACAGAGGCAACAACAGCUGUAGAUACAACUACUGCCAAACAAACAACUCAAACUGCCGCUGCACCUACUACAACCGACAGCGCAACGACUAUGCCAACCACUGUGGCAACGUCAAAUGGUACAACGUCGCCUCAAACCAGCGGCAAUACAACUGUCCGUGCAUCUACUGCUGCACCCCCUACUACAGCCGCAGCUACCACACCUACACCAGCUCCAGAGUCGCAGGUAAAAGUUCUGCUGAGGAUUGACCAGACGUUCACCGCCAACCUGACCGAUAAAACCUCCACCGCGUACCGGCAACUGGAGAACAUCUGCGUCACGGAGACCAACAAGCUGUAUGAAGGCGACCCGACGUAUGUUGAAUGUCGAGUCAACAAUUUCAACCCGGGAAGUGUAGUGGCGAACAUGACGCUGAUUUUCCAGGAGGUACUAGACGUUGCGGGUGAGCAGGAGAAGGUUGUAGCGGUGUACACGGCCACACGGGACGGCAGUCUCGGUAACCUCACCGUGCUGGACGUGCAAGUAGAACUCUCUAAUGGUGAGACUGCAAACAUCACCGACUGCACGUGUCCAGACGGGCUGCAGUGUGUCCAGUACGGUACAGCCUGUGUAGCAACCUGCAGUCUCAACCAGGGAUACUGUCUCAACAACGGGGUCUGUUCCAGUAGUGGCACGCAAAGUCUCAAGUGCACGUGUGAUGAAUCUGGAGGUGUCAAGUACACAGGGACAACAUGUGAGCAGACUCUUACACAAGAUGCGGUGGUCCAGCUGUUACCAUACAUCAUUGUGGCAGCCUCUGUGGCAGGAGUUCUCAUCCUGGUGGUGCUGCUACUGGUGGUGGCCACCUGUUGUAAGAAGAGACGCUCUGGGCGCUACAAGAACAGGUAUGUAGCUGACAAACUGGCCCAGGAAAGAGGACUAUUCCAGCCCAUCAUUCCGCAGGCUGGCUGGGCAGAGAGUAACGUGGAUGAGGACGGACACCAUGUUCACAUGUUUGACAACUUUGGCUACGAAGGGAAGACCCAGCUACGAGGGGAGGUGGAAGGAAGCCUAAAUCGUGCACCAAGCAAGUUCUCAGUACAGAACAUAGACCCAACUGUCCCAUUCAAGAUCAAGCGGCCAAAGUACGACCCUCAACCUUAUGGUGUCUACAGGCAAGUCAGUGAGCCAGAGACAAGAUUGUAGCUGCGCUACCUUCUAAUAUGUUGAACUCACUCUCUAUGCAAUCCUUAUGUAACCAAUAUUAUUGAGCAGCGGCUAGCUCUACAACAUCAAGUCCUUCACACAUCUCAAGCAUCAUGGAACUGGAAAAUUUGUUUGUCAGGCUAGGAAAAUAUAAAAUUUCAUCUGAAAUUUGAAACAGUAUGGAUAAAAGUACAGAUUAAAAUAGUUAUUUGGACAGAGGAUUGUCGAUUUUCAGUGUACAUGUAUGAGGCAUGUUUAUCAAAUAAAUU